AUGAUGGCAACUAUUGGUGUUAGAAAUAUCAUCGAAAAAAAUUGUGAUAAUAAAGGGUCAACGAAAGAAGCUGUUAGAUUAUUAUCAAAUUCAUUAUUUGAAAUUAAUCAACUUGAACCAUUGAAAUGGUAUGACGAUGAAGAAAGAAUAUUAAGUGAAAAAAUUGUAUGGAAUAACUUUUCAAGAAAUCUUGUUGUUGCUUUUGAAAAUAAAGUUUCAUUCUUUAAAAUUGGUGAUAAACUUAAUACAGUUUUUAGUAAUAGACUUCCUGUUGAUUCAUUUAAGGCAAUUAGUAACCUACCUUCAUCACAUAUUAUUGUUGGUGUAUCUUCUGAUAAUAAAGUCAUAUUCUAUGAUGGUAUCAAUGAAAAAUUUGCUGAAUUAUCAUUAAUGAUACCUGUAUUUACUGAUCCAUCAAUCUAUUGUCAUCGUUGGAAAGAUCAAACAUACAUUAUUGUGUGUGGUAAAGGCACCAAAAAAACUGUAUGGAUAACAUUAGAAGGUCAUAUCUCUUACUAUGAGAAAGCCAAUAACCUCUUUGAAGCAAUAGAUAAAAAAUCAACUUCAGGAAUUCUUGACUAUUCACUUUCUGACAGUGUUGUUGUUUUUAGUCCGGAGAACAAUUUGUUGUAUACUUUCACAAAGACUCCUGGAGGAUUCAACAGGUAUUACAGGUUAACCAACAAAGGGAUGUUUGUAUAUAAAGAAGUUUAUUCUCCUAAUGGUUACAUUUCUGUGACAAUGACACCGUCUUUUGCAUUUGCUUUAUCUACCGAUGGAUGUUUAAAUAUACUUGAACUAAGAAUGUUUGUAAUCUGUAAACAAAUCUUUCUUUUUUCUGAAAACACCACAAGAUAUGAGACCAUACAUAGUAUGCAGGUUACAGCAAAUUCUAAAACAUGUUCCUUAGAUGGAUUGUAUAUGCUUGUAUCCGUGUCAACGGGAACAAAACAUCAACUUCAAGUAAGAUUGGCUUUGACAAAUGAAAUAUUAUGUUCUACUGAGUGCUAUGAAAAUUCUACUUUUCUUCGCUGGGAUUCAGUUUUGAAUAUGAUAGCUUUUGUUGAAAUGUCUGGAAAAGAGUUAAUUUUAAAGACAAUUACUGAGGCAGCCCCUGACUUGAAAGUUGAUAAACUUGUUUCUUUGAAAAAAUUUAAAGAAGCUUUAGAUCUGGCAAAAAAAUUUGGAGUUUCAUUUGACUCGAUUUAUAAAGCACAAGCUUCUGAUUUGUUAGAAAAAUUAAGAAGUGGUGAAAGUGAUAGGAAUAGUGAAGAUGUUGACAACUUGUAUUGUAUUAUCAAAAAGAUUGAAAAUCACGAUACACUUUGUGAUUUGUGCCUUGAAGGAAUUAUAUCUCUAAAUGUGUUUGAUGUUGUUAAGAAGUUAUUAAAUAUAGCUUUAAACAUUAAAACUAAAAAUCGCUAUAUUGUGGAGCAAUUUAACAUAAUAUUAACACAAUUUACUACAGCUAAAAUAAUUUUUUCUCCCAAAGAAUUUACUGAGAAAUGGCUUAGUAUUGUUACACAACAUACCUCUAUGUACUCUUUGAUGGCAGAUGCAAUUCAAGAUGGAGAUUACAAAAGAUCUGACAUUAUUUGGAAUAGGCAUAUAUUAAAAUCUGAUUUUAAUAAGAACAUCACAAAUGAAUGCACUACAAGAAUGAUACAAAUAUUUUCACAUCAUGCUUUAAUUAAUGAUAUUCGUAGUGAUCUUAUGCAAUUUAUGGAAAAAGAUUUUAUGCCUUUUGCACUAAUGAAACUUGGUAGUGAAGUUGGAUGUAUGUAUGCAGAAGCAUUGAUUCAAGUAAUUGUAGAUUUAGAAGAUGAAGAAAAUGAAAAUUAUCCUUUAAUUGCUUACAACAUUUCUCUUUCUUUAGAAAGAAUAUCAAGAUUACUUAAAGAAAGCAUAUUAACACCAGGUGAAAAAUGUUUAUUUGUUGAUAUUAAAACAAACAUGAAUUAUGACUCAUUCUCUCCUUCUAAUACUCUUGGUAAAUUAAAUAAGUUAAAAGAAAAUUUAUUCAAAUUAGUUAAUUUGAAACAACGUUAUAACUUAACAUUUAAGUAUGAAAAAUUUAUCAAUCUAUCCAAAGAAGAUAUUGGUUUACAUAUUGUUGAGAAGAUGCUUAUUCAAGAGAAUGAAUGUGAAUACAUUUAUAAAGAAGUUUUCAAACCUUAUUGUGAUGAAUUUUUAUUAGAUUUUAAGUCACUUAUAUGUAAUUUUGUUCAAAAAUGGUCAGCACAACAAAUUACCUUUACUGAUGAUAUUCAAGUAGGACUUCAAAAAAAUAAAAUUGGUAGUAUUUGUAAACUCAUAAAAAAAAUUGAUGAUCCAAUACUUGAAAUUAAAGCUCUCCAGCAUUUAACUGUUGCUGUUCCAUUUAACUGGCCAAAAGAACUGGGACAAUCUGUCUAUGCAAUACUAACUGAUACAAGUGUUGCAAAAGAUGUGAAAUCUGAAUUAGCUAGUAGGUGUAAAUUAAGUGAAAUUUGUAGUAUAAUAAAAACAUACACAAGUGUACCUUAUGAAAUUGAAGAUAUAAUAAAAAAUAAAAAUGAAUUCAAUUAUCUGAUCCAAAGUAUUUCCUUUAGUCAUUCCUCAUCUAAUAUUAAAGCACUUGCAAAUGAUGUACUAAAACUUUAUCAAUUAAGACAUUCAUACUGCAAUUUACCAGGAAGUUUUACUAUUAACUAUGAUUAUGUAUAUGUACAACUAUGGAUACCAUAUUUAAAUCAAUGGAGAUUUAGUGGAUAUGUAAAAGAAACACCUAUGAAAUGGUUAUUUAGUUUACCUAACACUGAAGUACAGAAAGCUAUUGCCAAAUAUUCUAUUAAAUAUAUUCUAGAUAUUUAUAAAAGAAACCGUCAACCUUUAAACUCUUCUGAAGAAAAAAGUUUAUAUUUGAAGUCAUUAUCAGUUGUCAAAUCAUUUAUUCUUAACUACCAACUAUGUAGUAUCAGAAAGUAUCAAUUAAUUUUUGAAAAAAUAACUUCAACUGAAUCAUUCUAUCAACGGUACAAACUUUUAAAAUGUCCAACAUUUUUCCUAGAAACUCAAAAGAAAACAUCAAGUAUUAUUGUUGAAAUUAUAAAAAAUUUUGGAAUUGAAAAUUGGUCAAAUAUUUUGAAAAUAGCUAAAUUAUUCAAAAUAGACAAUGUUUUAGCAUAUAAAUAUCUUUUUGAUGCAUGUAUAGAAAGUGGUAAACUAGAUCAAAUUUCUGUAAUUUUAUUUAAUUUAUCAUUAGAUAAAAGUCUUCUUAAGCCAGAUAUGUUAUCAGUGAUUAAGACAACAAUAGAUAAAGUUUUUCUAAAAUUAUAUGAGUCAUUUAAUGAAAAAUCUUUCAAUCUUAUUAAGUUUGUAGAUAUGACCAUGUUAACAUUAAAAGUAUUUUCAAUACAAGUUGAUGAAACUAAUUUACAAAAUAUUCUUGCAUUUAAUGAAUACCACAAAUUUCUUAAUGUUAUUAAAAAUAUGGUAGAUUCUAAAAGUUUUUCUGUAUCACAAGACAAUACAAUUGAAAUUAUUGAUGAAUUAAAAGAUACUAGAAAACACUUAACUAAUUUAGAGAUACAUCCUUUGGCACAUCUACAAAAACCUUGCAAUCUCAAAUACCAUAUAACUUUGAAUUCGAGAUCUAAACCAUUUACCAGAAUACAUCUUCAGUUACCUAUGAAUUUAGAGUACAACAUUGAAACACUUUUGUCAUUGUCUGGAUCUUUAUUGGUUGUCGUAGAGAAUAAAAAUGAUGAAAAGGAUGAAAAAGAUGAAAUUGAGAUUAAAAAUCUUAUUGAAAAAUGGAAAAAUCUUUUUAAUCAGUUAUUAAUGGAUGGACAAUAUUUUGAUGUAUUUGAUUUACUUGAAAUUUUUAAUACACUACCAAUCUCAAAGAAUGAAGAUAUUUAUAUUAGUGAAAUUGUUAAACAUGCAGCUGUUGGAUUAGUUGGAAAAAUUUUAAUGUUACCAGAUUGUGAUUUAGAAUUAGCUUUAGGAGUCAUUAACUCAGUUUCAGAAAAAUAUGUUCCUAAUAUAUUGCAAGAAAUACGCAACUGUUUAAAUAUUUGUACAAAUCCAAGAGUACAUAUUAAUUUGUGCGAAUUAGUUGCUAUGGUAUAUCAUAAAAUAUCACAAGCUAAAAUGGUUGAAAUGCUUACAGAGAGAUAUGAUGAAUGUAUAUGGAAAAGAAAAUUUUCCAAAUUUAAAUUUAACUAUUCUAGUAAAAUGACUCUAAAUGAAGUGAUAUCUUCUCUUGUUCGAAGUGAUGUACCUCAUAACAUUGCAUUUGAGUUUUGCUUAUAUAAUAACAUUGAUAUAAAUAUGUUUAGUCUAAAAUAUGCCUUAGAAUCAAGUCUCUAUAGUUCAGAGUUAAUUGAUAUAAAUGCUAACUUAGAACAUAUAGAACAAGUGAAAAAAACUUCAAAUUUACUUUCUACUGUAUCUGUUACUGAAGAACAUAUAUCAUAUAUUCAAGAAACAAUAAUGAAGAUGUCACCAUAUGAUCAUGAAGGAUUACUACUUCUUAUUGAUAAAGCAUUACAAAUUACCAAAAAUGAAAGUAUUUCUGAUAAUGUUAAAUGUCAACUUUAUGAUUGGAAGAUUGUUAUUGAUUUUGUCAUAUCAUAUGGGAAACGUAGUGGUGAAAUUUUACCAAUUGAAUGUAAUUGGUUAUCUUCUUAUAAAUCUUCUUUUGGAAAUGAAACAUCAUCUAUUACAAACUCUUUUGAUUCAAUAGAGUCAAAUUAUUCUUUAAAAGAAAUAUCUAUGAUUGAAUUUGAAAUAUUGGAAGAAAAACGUGAAGCAGCAAGGAAACGUAUGCCACAAUGUGCCAUUCAAAGAUUACCCUUCCAUUUGUUGUGUUGUACCAGUGAAGAUGAAAUGAAACAAUUUGUUUGUCCAUUAAUUUUUAAUGAAAUUAAUAUUCAUAAUUCUUACAAAUGGGUUAAUAUUACUACAAAUACAAAAUCUGUAUUACAUGUUGGUCAAUGUGAAUGUAUUUUUACAGCUAUAAACAAACGUAUUCAAUAUGCUGAAGAUAAUAAUAUUUUUGUUGGAGAUGUUGAUAGAAAUUGGAUUGCAUCUGCUAUUAAUGCUGUUGAUGCAUCAAAAGUGUCAACUAUUAUAAAAUAUUCAUCUAGAUAUACUACAAACUUAAAGAAUCUAGGAAUAAAAAUUGCUUAUCUUAGUAUAUUUAAAGAAAUUACUCAGGCAACUGCUGAGUCAUUGGAAGGAGAUAAAAAAGAAGAACUUUUAAAAUAUAAAAAGGAACUUUCAAAAAGAAUUAUAAAAUAUACAGUUGAAAAGAUACUUUUUGAUAAUGGAUUAUUAGAUCAAGAAACAAAGGCACAUCUUAAAUCUGAAAAUAUUAAUGAAAUGAUUUGUUUCAUUUAUAGUAAUUUAAUUGAUUGGAAUAAUCAUCAAGAAAGAACUUUAAAGAUGGAAGCUUGUAAAAAAAUUGCUAAAAUUACAAAUAUUAAUUUAUCAUCUAUUCAUUCAAUGAUUAUUAAUGCAUUGUUAGUACAAGAAACAGUAACAGAAGUUGGUGAUCCUUAUGCUACUAUUGAUAUCUCAGCUGAAAUUGUUCCAAUUAACCAAGGAACAAAUAAUAGACUUGAGUGUGAUAUUUUAGAUGAUGAUAUCAAUGUUAGUAAAAUAGUCAAUAUUUUACGUACUGAAGAUUAUAGUAGUUUGAUUAAAAAAAUGUUUUCUAUAUUAAAUAAAGAUCCCAAAGUUUUACCUGGUGGAAUUUGUACGUUCAUUAAAGUAAUUCUUUGUAUUUGUCGUAUGUAUCCUCGUAAUGGAGAGAAAGAGGAUUGUUUUAAAGCUGACAAGUCACAAAUUCUUAUAGUUCUCAAUAGAGCUUAUUACUAUCAUAUGCUAUCUACUAUUAAUGUAAAUUGUAAAAUGAUAGAUCUUAUGAAUGAAAAUAAAAUAAUAGAAAUCUUUAAGCAACUUCAAAAUUCACCAGUUCAUAGUUCUGAAAAAGAUUUUGUUGUUGUUAAUAUUAUUAGAGAUUAUCUUAAAAAGUCUCCUGAAUAUUUUAUGUAUAUGAAAACAUACAUUCCACGUAUGAUAAUGGGACGUCAAUUUUUUAUGGCAAAAUCUAUUUUGGAUGAUAGUAAUUGUCUCAUUACUUCAGAUCAUAUGGAAAAUAAUAUUCUUAAUUAUGUUCUUAAAACUAUUGAAGGAAUAUUUAAGCAAGAUCCUAAUAAUAAUGAUACUAUGGAAGAUAUGUUUAGAUUAAUCAUUAAACAUUCUGUAUCUUUUGGAUAUACAAGACCGCCACGUGAAACUGGACUAUUUUAUGGUAAUCAAGAAAUGUCUAAAAUUAUUCAUUGUAUACUCAAUCCUGCUGGAAAUUAA